UUUCUUUCUCUCCCCUUUUGAGGAAGAUGUCGUCACAAGGCCCUCCGGCUGCUGCUGCUGCAGCACAGAGGAACGCAACAGUUCAUGGACUGAGAUCGCCGGACACGGUGGUGACGAUUCCACCACCAUUACCAGCGGCGGAGCUGUCCAAGGGCAAGGAGAAGACGCCCUUCGACUACUCCCAGCGAGCGCAGUGGCUCCGAGCCGCCGUCCUUGGCGCCAACGACGGCCUCGUCUCCGUCUCCUCCCUCAUGCUCGGCGUUGGCGCAGUCAACCAGGCCGCUCGAGCCAUGGUCGUCUCAGGCCUCGCCGGCCUCGUCGCGGGAGCGUGCAGCAUGGCCAUCGGAGAGUUUGUCUCUGUGUACUCGCAGCUCGAUAUAGAGUUGGCUCAGCGUGAGAGGGAAAAGAAGGCCUUUGGCAGGGAAGCAGACGACGGUGCGGAGAAGCUGCCGAACCCGCUGCAAGCGGCCGGUGCGUCCGCGCUGGCGUUUGCGGUGGGCGCGGUGCUCCCGCUACUCGCCGGUGGGUUCAUAGGGCCGCACUGGGUGCGGAUCGGAGUGGUGGCCGCCGUGUCGAGUUUGGCGCUGGCUGGGUUCGGGGUAGCAGGGGCGUUGCUGGGUGGUUCGCCGGUGGCCAGAUCGACCGUCAGAGUGCUCGUCGGAGGCUGGGCAGCCAUGAUCGUGACUUUCGGAGUACUUCGGCUCUUCAGCCUUGCCUUCAAAACCUCUGUUGUUGGCUGAUCUAACUUCCGUUGUAUACCCAACAUAGUCAUAUAUACAUAUUUCCUGGUU